UGAGCCGUAUAUAUAACACUCUUUCUCCGUUUCUCUCUCUUAUCACAUCGGCAAAACUCUCUCUUUUAAGUUUUAACACCUCAGAACUACAACACAAAACCUCAGAGACAAAAAUGGAGCAGACCUUUAUCAUGAUCAAGCCUGAUGGUGUCCAGAGAGGCCUGGUUGGUGAGAUUAUUAGCAGGUUUGAGAAGAAAGGUUUCUCCUUGAAAGGUUUGAAGCUCAUCACUGUGGACCGACCUUUUGCUGAGAAGCACUAUGCUGAUCUGUCUGCAAAGCCCUUUUUCAGUGGAUUGGUUGAUUACAUCAUUUCUGGUCCUGUUGUUGCUAUGAUUUGGGAAGGUAAGAAUGUUGUGUUAACUGGCCGAAAGAUUAUUGGAGCCACAAACCCCUCGGAAUCUGCUCCAGGAACCAUCCGUGGUGAUUUUGCUGUUGAAAUUGGCAGGAAUGUCAUUCACGGAAGUGAUUCAGUUGAGAGUGCAAGGAAAGAAAUUGCACUGUGGUUCCCUGAUGGUCCUGUUAACUGGGAGAGCAGCCUUCACCACUGGGUCUACGAGUAAAUGCUUGAUUGAGCCGUUGUUUGAUGCUCAGCUUCCUCCAGAUAUUUAUUGUUACGAGUCUUACGGGUACAACUCGAUAAGCUAGUUAUGAAAUUUUGACUUUUAUGUUAUGUCUUUUCCCUUUGAACUCAAGAUGUGCAUAUGAUUUGCACUUUUAUUGCAGUGAUGGUUAAUAAGUUUAAGUUUGUUUGUGCA